GUGUUUCUCCCCUUACGAAGAUGGUCAGCAUCAAGUGUGGUUCCCGCCGCAAGGCCCGCCGCGCACACUUCCAGGCGCCGAGUCACGUGCGCCGCGUGUUGAUGAGCGCCCCGCUCUCGAAGGAGCUGCGCGCCAAGUACAACGUGCGUGCCAUGCCGGUGCGCAAGGACGACGAGGUCAUUGUGAAGCGCGGCACCUUCAAGGGUCGCGAGGGUAAGGUGACGGCGUGCUACCGCCUGAAGUGGGUCAUCCACAUCGACAAGGUCAACCGCGAGAAGGCGAACGGCUCCACCGUGCCGGUCGGCAUCCACCCCUCCAACGUCGAGAUCACGAAGCUGAAGCUGUCCCACCACCGCAAGGCCAUCCUCGAGCGCAAGGACCGCUCCGGCAAGAGCGACAAGGGCAAGGGCAAGAUCUCCGCCGCGGACAAGGCGAUGCAGCAGAUGGACUAAAUAGGGAAAAAGGUUUUUCCUCUCUCUCCCCCUUUCGCCCCUGCACUGCGCGUCGUGUGUAUGAUGUCUCCGAAAGUGUGAAACACGUUCCUUGAAAGGACUCCUUUCUUUUUGUUUUUCUUUUCAUCUACUUUGAAACCAAACAAG